AUGUAAGUUUUAGAAUAUCAUAUUUAUGAAACAUAAUGGAUGUUACGUAAAGGAAAAUACAAAUGCUUUAUAAACAUCUCUGAAAAACACUUAACACAACAUUAUUAAUAGAGUGAAUUACCUGGAAUAUAACUCUAAAUGUAAUUAAUACGUAGAUUGUUAUAUUGUCGAUUAAAAGUUAUGCGUAAACAUUUUCUUAAGUUCAAUUCAAAAUAAGGUCGAAUCUUAACAUAAUUAGAUUAAUGUAUGUAAUUAUGUCAUACUAUGAAUAAUUAUAUUGCCAAAUGUUAAGAUGUUCUAACUGAGCAUGAAAAUCCUUCCAACAGAAAGAAUAAAUUCAAAUUAUUAGGAGAUAUGCAAUCACCUAGAGGUAAUUCUAAACUCAAAUAAUUCUUAAUUGAAUUUGAACAUGAACCAUGGGAUAAGAAAUCACUUAUAUGGUUGAGAUAUCAUGAAUAAGAACUUUUCAUUUCCAUUUAAUAAAUCUUAAUGUUCAACUAUUUAUAUUUCAAAAUGACCAAUCUCAAAGAAGCUACUCGUUUUUUACAUAAACUUAUACAACUGAAAUUUGUUAAAACAUAAAAAUCAAUUACUAUUUAUCAUGAAGCUCUCACUCUACUCCAUUCAGCUUAUUUUGAGAAUUCUUAUAAUUUUCAUAAUCAAUACUUUGAUCCUCUAUCUAAUAUGUUAAUUAAUUCUUUACGUGAAUACUAUCGUCCAAAAUCAGAUUAGAAUAAAUGUAAGAGAUAAAUGAAACAUUAUGCAUAAUUAUUAAUUAUUAAUUUGGAUUUGUAAAGUAAAUCAUUAGAAUACAAAGAUAAAUAUGAUGAAUCUGCAUUACUCAUAUCUAUGGCUAAUUAUUUAUGUUAACAUAUUUUAACAUUUGUUGGUAAAUAAGAAGAAUUAAUUAAUUAUAUUAAAUAUGAAUAUGAAUACAAACAUGAAAAAUAUGAAUAAAUCAUUCUUGAAUAAUAGGAUCUUAAUUAAUUUGUAUCAUUCUUAUAUGGAUUUGAAAAAAAACACAAUUUCAAAUCAAAAUAAUAAUUCCCUCAUUAAACUAAAUUUGAUAUCAAUAAUAAGAAUGUUUAUAUAUAUCAUCAUACAAGAGCUAAAAGUGAUUUUAAACCAAUUAUGAAAGAUAUCUCAAAAGAAGCAACUAGAGAUGGAAGUUUAUUUAUGCCCAAUACUCCAUCAUGUAGUAAAGAUAAUACAUAGAGAUUUAUCAAUAAACCACAUAAACAUAAGAGAAGGAGACAUUAAGAAAAUCAAAGUUAUUUAAGUAAAUUAAUUUACUUAAGAAGUCUAUCUGAUUAUAAAUUAGAUUAAAUGAAUGUAGAAACUGAUCUAUAAAAACAUCUUAGAGGUUUAGAAGAAACUUUAUAUAAACUUGAACAUCCUAAUCAAAUUAAAUCUAUUGAUUAAGUUUUUAAUUAAAAAAUUGAAUCAAUUACUUUUGAAAAAUGUUUAACUUUAGAUUAAGUUAAAGAAACUGCUAGAAAAAUAAUUGCUGCUGAAUGGGAAGUUCACAAAGAAAUGCCUGUUACUAAAAGUUUAAUGAAAUCAAUCUCAGUAUCAGAUAUUCAAUUAGAAAAAUUAUAAUAAUAAUAUAGUAAAUUAUAAGAAUAUAUUGAACUUCAAAAAAUUGAUUAUCAUAAUACAUAAAAAGAUUAAGCCUAAUUAAUUAUGAAGGAGAAUCAUGAUUUAAAGAAAUUACAAUUAAAUUAAUAAAAAUAUUAAAUGAAAUUAAGACAUCAAAAAGUAUAAUAAUAAUUAUAAAUACCUAAAAAAUUAUUGAAUCUAUAAACUGAUGAAGCAGGUCUAUCUCCAAAAUUCAUUAAACGUAAUACUUAAAUUUUAAAUUCCUAUAAUACUACAAUCUUUGAUAGAAUGGAUCCAGCAUUAAGAUAAAAUAAAGAAUAUUAAAAAGCAUAAAAAUAAUUAAUGGAUUUAAUGGUAUCCAAUCUCGAAUAGAGAGAUGAAUUAAAUUCAAAAAAACUCAAUACCUUUGUUAAUGUAUUACCUAAAUCAGUAACAAGACUCCCAUCACCAAUAUACUCACAAAGAUCAGAUAAUAAAAAGUCAUUCGCUUUUUCCAAUAAUUCUACAAGACUUGAAAUAUCCAAAUUUUGA